ACAUGAAAACAGAUAAUGGUUAUGAUUAAAACUAUGAUUAACGGAACUCUUUUUGGAAAAAGGGGGGAUUGAAUAUUGAUACUGGUAAAGAUUCUCACUCUUACUGCAAUUCCCCUGAAACUUUACAGAGCGCAUGGAAGGGCAUGAGCAACCCCAAAAGUGGAAGUCAGAGCUUUCCCCACCCAAUAAAAAUCCAUUAAAAAAAAGUACGAAAAUAUGCAUAUAAAAACCAAUCAAAUGACAAAAUAGUUGGUUUAUUUAGAUUGAAAAAAUGCUUCUUGGAAAUCUCUCAUGCUCCCCAUCUGCAGAAACAUACUCUCACAGCCCCACCAGACUGUUAUCUUUUGUCCAAAAACCCAUUAUUAUAUUUUAUCAAGCCACUUUUUUCCUGGCAUUUUAUUAUGACCUAACAGAGUACCAUUUGUUCUUCCUUUCUAUAUGUGUUCCAAUUUAUCAUCCAACCAACAUGUACAAUACCAAGAAUCAAGAUUUGGUCCUCUCCAUUGUGUGAAAAAAAGGUUUCUUUUCUUUUCUAUUGUUCUUGGCUUUUGCUGUCUUUUGAUUGUGUGAGUAGUUCUUGAAGCAGUUUCGCAAUGGGUUUGGGGGUUGUUUGAUUGUGUUAGAAUAUUGGACAAGUUUUAGUUUUUUUUUUUUUUUUUGGUAAGUUGGACAAGUCUUAGUUGCCAAAACUGACGUUUGCAAUGGCUGUUUUUGGAGGUGAGAUGAAGGAAUUAAUUAAAGAAGUUUGUUAUAAGAGCUGGCACCAGAUUGUAUAGCACAGAAGGUGAUGUAAAAGCUGAGGUUUGAUCCAACUUUUAUCCUGUUAGCUGCAAAAUAAAAAGUCCAAGACUCAUAAUUCUUCCACUCUGAUUGGCUCCUUUUCGCGGUUUUCCUCCUUGGGUGUCAGCUGGAUAUUUGGCUAAGGUGAUUCAUUUUCCAAAACUCCAGCAACCAUUAAUGGACAGUUUGGGCUGGGAUAGCUCGACAGUACUUGCAAACACACCACCCUUGUGGAGCCAUCAACAGCAUGAACUUGAAGAGAUCUUCAUGUCUUCUAGCUCAAAUUACUGCACCCAUGGUGGGGGCAAAUUUGACUUUUCAACAGAGGAGAUCUUCACUCCAAUUCAUCAUCAUCUCCAAAAGCCUCAUGUCAAUUCAAAUUCUGUCAUUGUAAGCCAAAUGGAGCAGCAGAUAACCCGCGUCGAAGACGGUGAAAAUCCCUUAAGUUUGUCAGAGUGUAAAAAUUUGUGGCCAGACUUUUGUGGUUCCACAAGAGCUCUUUCAUCAGGGGAGUCCGGUAGCAACGAAAAUGACAAGGGAAAUUACAAAGAUACUCUCAUAGGCGAAGAUAUAACAACAUUGGAUAAGCCUAAUCCUAACAAGAGAAGGAAUGAAAAUACCUCUCAGUUUGAUCUAUUCCAAUCAGAUUCUUCGACGACAGGAGGAGGUUUCCAGCUCAUUUCAGAGACUAAUCAACCAAAACCCAAAAAACCCAGAUUAGAAAAGUUUCCAAACUCAUCCAAUAUCAGUUUUCAACAGCCGAAUUCUUCGGCAGGAGAACCGGAUUCAGAGGCCAUUGCACAAAUGAAGGAGAUGAUAUACAGGGCGGCGGUUUUCAGACCGGUGAAUUUGGGUGCGGAAAUAGUUGAGAAGCCUAAGAGGAAGAAUGUGAAGGUUUCAAGUGAUCCACAAACGGUGGCUGCAAGGCAGAGGAGAGAGAGGAUAAGUGAGAGAAUUAGGGUUUUGCAGAGGCUGGUGCCAGGAGGAAGCAAGAUGGACACUGCAUCAAUGCUUGAUGAGGCUGCAAACUAUCUUAAGUUCUUGAGGUCUCAAGUCAAGGCACUAGAGACUCUAGGCCAAAAACUUGACUUGGUGAAUUGUUCAACUCCAAAUACCCUUCUUCCUUUGUCUUCACUAGUACCAUUCAACCAGUCAUUUCCCAUGCAAAUUAACUCUUUUUCCACUGCUCCAAACUACUCCUAACCUCAGUCCGUGAUCUCAAGCAUUGAAAAGGUUGGAUAGAGAAAAAAAGCUUCUUUGUACUAGGAAAAUUUCACAUUUUACCCAGGAAAAUGCUUGAGAUGUAUGCGAAAGUAGAUUCAAAGUUCGUACGAUGCAACAACGGAUUCAUUUUUGAGAAUUUUUCUGGUUAUUUUCGGUAUUGUAAGAGGUGGGAAAUGGUAAAUGCAUUAUCAAGAUCUUCAAAACCCUUAGAGGUU